CGGCCUCAGCCCCUCCCCCUCCCCUCCGGCUUCGAACCGUCUGGAACCGCAUCCUCGUCCCGCCGCCACCGCGUCGUGCAGCAGCUGCCGCUGGGCCGCCUGUGAGCCAUCUCCACCUUUCCCCUUGCGGAGCGGGGACAGCAGGGACGAGGACCACCAUCCGCUAUGGUGAAGCUCGGCUGCAGCUUCUCCGGGAAGCCAGGCAAAGACCCCGGGGACCAGGAUGGGGCUGCCACAGACAGUGUCCCUCUGAUAAGCCCCCUGGAUGUCAGCCAGCUCCAGCCACCAUUCUCUGACCAGGUGGUCAUCAAGACGCAGACAGAGUACCAGCUGUCCUCCUCGGACCAGGCCAAGAAGUUCCCAGACCUGGAGGGCCAGAAGCUGGCCUGCAGCCACCCGGACGAUGGGCGUAAGCUGCCCACAGCGCGGAUGAUCGCCUUCGCCAUGGCGCUCCUGGGCUGCGUCCUGAUCAUGUACAAGGCCAUCUGGUACGACCAGUUCACCUGCCCCGACGGCUUCCUGCUCCGGGGGUCCCGCGCUGAUCGGCCGCUUCUGCAGCACAAGAUCUGCACGCCGCUGACGCUGGAGAUGUACUACACGGAGAUGGACCCCGAGCGCCACCGCAGCAUCCUGGCGGCCAUCGGCGCCUACCCGCUGAGCCGCAAGCACGGCACGGAGGUCCCGCUGCCGUGGGCCGAGAACCCGCGCGUCCCCAAGGAGCCCCGCAAGGCGCCCACCGUGGCGGCGAAAGCGGCGGCCACGGAGCCGCCUGGGAAAACCCAGGCCAAGGGCGGGGAGGCGGCGGCGGCGCGGCCAACGGCGGGGAGUGCGGCACCCCCGCGCCCACAGUAAGGCCUCCGCGCCCGCCUGGUGCCCCAGCUCCUGUGACCAGCACAUCGCCCCCCCACCCCGUGUUGUGCCCCUGUCCCUGAGCACCCGCUGAAGCCCCCUGCUCCCUGUGGGCCUCUGGCUCCCUUGCUUUUCUGUAAGUAAAGAAGGGUGUUCAUCUGCUC